AGAGUUUCAGUUUCAAAGCGCUUCAGUCUCUCAGAGAUCCAUGAAGAGGCAGAACAGCUUCUUAUCAUCGUCCUCGCAAGUUGAGAUUUCUUCCGAUGACCUCCUCCGCCGUAGCCUCAGCCGCCGCCGUUCCAAAUCCUUCGGCUGUGUCUCUAACCUCCUCCAUUUCCUCUCCAACAACAACCACAGCCGCCGCAAUAAGUCCAUCACAUUCGUACACAACAGUAAUCAGGAAUUUCUCGACAAUGCAAGUUCUGAAUCGAAAAUUUCUCGCUCUCCAAAACCAGAAUCCGCCGCUAAUCUCCUAAUUUCCUCAUCCGUUUCGCCGCAAAUCGCAGAACGAUCCGAAUCCGAAAUCUCCACAACGAAAGUGGAGAGGUUUUUAGGAGCGAGAGGUCCGAUCGUGCGAUUGAUGGGACUGGAAAGCUCCAAAGUGGAGGAAAGCGUUCCAGAAGCGGCGGAGAAGCAGAGGAAGGUUAUGGAAGCUUUGGAGAAAUGCGAACAGGAUCUGAAGGCGCUGAAGGAGUUCAUCGACGCGCUUGAGUCGACAGAGAGCUUCCGAAUGUCGUCACCGGUCAGUGAAGGGAAAAGGAUUGAGUUCAUGGCUUGGGAACAGCUGCAGGAUCCUAGUCCGGUAUCGGUGCUCGAAGAGUUGAGUAGGCCGCGGCAUUUCGUUAACCGCCAUGCGUGCAACAACAGCAGGAUCUUCCACCAGCCGUCUGCAAAUCCCGGAAGAGUACAAUCACAACAAAGACAACAAAUGAUGCAAAGGAAGAAGAAACAAGAAGGGGAUCAUAUCUUCAAUAUAAGCAAAUUUGAGAGAACCAAAAUCCCUGAAGAAGUAGUUGGUAACUUGAAAAAUGAAAAAGCAGCUGAAUCUCCAGGGUGUGGUAGGGAGGCAAUGAAAGAUAGUGUAGAAGGAGUGUGCAAAGACAUUUCUUGGGGUCUAAAGAUGGAAGUGGGAAGAAUAGGACUGGCUUUACAACAUCAGAUUUUUGGGGACUUAAUUGAAGAGUUAGUUAAAGACCAUACCUUUACUUAUACUUCACUGCCAUUUGAAGCUUGCAGGAGAAGACUUUGUUUCUAGUGUUCGACUUUAUUCGGUAUUUUACUUGUUUAUCAUUCUCUCCAUCAUUAUUAUUGUUUCUUUAUGUUCAACCUUAAAAGAAUUCAAAAUUCAGUUCUUUCGAUCGAAA